AUGAGUCCUAAACAGCACCCUCGCAUGCAUGAGGGAAGAAGGAGUCUUGGAGGGACAGCUGCAACUGCAACUGCUGCUGCCGCAGCUGCAGCUCCUGCUGCCGCUGGGCGUUCCUCUCGGGCUGGCAUCAAGAGGGCAUCUACGGGCAAGACGGAACGGGGCCCAGCGGAGGCCCCUGCAGUAGCAGCUGCUGCAGGGCAACAGCAUCAGCAGCUGCAGCAGCUGCAGCAUCUGCAGCAGCUGCAGCAGCAGCACCAGCUGCCGUUUACUUCUCCUCUGCAGGAGAAGGAGACUGCAACGACUUGCCCUUCCUCGCCUCGCAUGAGCGAUGCUGCAUGCAGCGAAAGCACCGCCAGUGAGCGCCAAUCAUCUGGAGAGUUCAGUUUGGCUGCUGCAUGCGCUUCUGUAGACUAUACAGUGCAGCAGACACCCCGGGGUGUACAUGCAGCUGCAUCCCGCUCAUUUGUGCUGAACGACGAGACUACAAACCCGACAACACAAACACUUUUUCUUCAGAGCAGAGUCAUACCUACCGACAACAAUGCAGCUGCUGCUGCACCUUCUGCUCAGGCUCCUCAGCAGAAACAGCCUCACACACCAGCAGCAAACGCAGCAGCAGCAGGCUCGCCAUUCCACGCUGCUGCUGCUGCAGCAGUGCCUGGCCGGCAGCGUCAGCCUGCUGCUGCUGUUCAGCAGCAACAGAAGCUACAGCAGCAGCUGCAGCAUCAGCAGCAUCAGCAGCAUCAGCAGCAGCAACUUCUUCGCAGCGUUUCCUCUAUAUCCCCUCUUGCGCUGUCUAUACAGCACCAGCGAAAUGAACAAAAGAAAACAGAAAAGACACAUUCAGAAAUAAGAGCGUUUCCUGCUUCUCUUAGAACCCGGCGAAUCCUUGCAAAGCCGAAUGGAGGACUCAGCCCAGCGGUGAUGUACAAAUAUCGCUGUGCUGCAGGGCAAGGCAUUCAGGUGCCAGUGAACCGAUUGGAGACGACUCCGAUGAAGUUUACGAACUGGCGGGUGUCAUGGCAAGAGUUAUUUUGUUAUAAUCCCCGGCCUUAUAAUAUAACGGAGGCAUUUUUAGCAAAUUACACCGUCAUAAGAGGAAUGAUAGAGACUUAUAUUCAUAAGCUCACCGAUAUUGUCUUCGAGGAUCGAUGUACAGCCGCCUUAGCGGAGCCCCACAUAUACCACGCCUAUCUUCUGCCUCCAGUGAAGCCGCACGAUUGGCUUACUGCUGCAUGUAUUCAGUGCUACACAAGCGAAGACGCGUGGCUGGCUAAGGGGGCGUGGAGACGAAGUGCUGUACAAACAAUGCGAGCAGCAAAAGCAGAAAGCAUGCAGCCAACUAAUCCCUGCGUAAUACCUUUUAUGCCAGCCUUCUCUAAAGCGCAGCAGCAGCAGCAGCAGCAGCAGUAUGCAUGCAGAUAUGCAAAAGCAGCAGCAAGCAACCCCAACAGCACACCACUGCAGCAACACAAACUCUAUACUGAUGCAGAUGCAGAUAAAGACAGACUCCCGCUGCACUUGUGGAUCUUCCUAGGAGGAAAAGAUAUGCAGGCGUUAGACGGUUUGGUGAUCGCAUGGAAAUUGCUUCGCUGGGCUUCGGAAAUUCCUCCGAGCGAAUUUGCAGAAAAAUGCGAAAAAACCGAAGAAGAAAUCGCGAAAGAAGAAAUCGACGCCCCAAAUACUGCAAUUGAUCUCUUUCGUCUGUAUCAUCAACAGCAAAGGAACCCCACACAAGAUCAAACGACGCAUGCAGCAGCCUGGGCUUGCGGGGAGGUUCCUUCGGAGGCAGAAGCAGUAAAAGAAAGCCGACUUUAUCGAAAUUCUUUUCUUUUUGUCGAUAUCCCUGGCUAUGGCAACUCUACUGGCAAUCCUUCACCUUGUACAAUCCGCAGUGCGGUAUUUCAAGCAGUGAAGCACGGCAUUCAGGAGUUAAUAGAGCAGCACGGGGAGACUUCGAUAGUGUUGAAUAUUUUGGGGUAUUCUCUGGGCUGUGCGGUGGCGACAUCUUUAGUAGCAGAUUUAUCUGCUGCUUUUUUGAACGAUAGUUUGUAUGCAACCCCGAGCUACUGCAAAAGCAACAGCAGCAGCAGCAGCAGCUACCAUCCGCAGCAGCAGCAGCAGCAGCAGCAGCAGCAGCAGCAGCAGAUGUGGAGCGAUAUAGCCACUGUAGAUGCAGCACUUGCAAGAACGUUUAACUUGCAAGCUAGUAAGAAGAGAGCAAAGGGAGAUCUAAGCUUUGAUGAAAGCAUGCUAACAUUUCGAGAUGCUUUUAAUGUUUGUUUAUUCACAAAAGAAGAAACAGACAUGGUUGCCAAAGUACAUGGCUGGACUCCUUCCGCUGGUUAUUCAGGCGUCCGCUUAGCAGUAAAUCGCCUUAUUCUUCUCGCUCCAUUCACCUCAACGAAAGCAAUGGCUUCAAAAGUAGCAGCUUCAGCAAUGGGAGGCGGCAGUUUUCUAUCGCGGGCUGUCAGUGGACUUGUAAGCAAGCAAAUUGCGUUUGAUAACAAAGAACAACUUGAACGGUUCCUUACAAAUGUUAAGGAUUUGCAGGAGAAGACAGAUGUUUCCGCGUUCCGAUCUUUGCGAAUAAAGAUACUCCAUGGCGAUAAAGAUAAUGUUAUUCCCUGGACAAUGGGUUUUGAAUUGUUUAACUCUGUUGCCGCUCUCAAGAAACAGCUUAAUCUCCAGAUUCCUAUAAGCUUUCAGCGGCUCCAGGGAGAAACACACGCCAGCAUUUUAAGCGGAGGGAGCGAACGACACGUUUUUGAAAGUUGUUUUAGUCCUUACCAUCUUCAUCCUGCUGCUCCGCUAGCUCUUUUAAAGUUUUAUUCAAAGGAAACCCACUUACCUUACGCCCUACCACCGCGAGGCAUUUACUCCAGCAGCUUCAAUGAUGUGCGCGAAGUAAAAAUGUUCGGAUCUCAACAAAUAUCAAACAACAACAACAGCAACAGCAGCAGGGGCCAUGUGCUUCAGACUCGUAGCAUGCACAUACUGCAUACCUCCCCGGCAGCAGCAACAAUAACAGCAACAGCCGCAGCUGCAGCAGCUGCAGCAACUGCAGCAGCAACACCACUUAGCGCAUGCAACCCAUAUAAACUCCUUGCUAGAGCCAAUACAAUUGGAGGGCCGCCUUCUCAGCAGCAGGCGGCGCUGCAGUUGUCGUACAGUCGAUCUACCGGCCUUAGUAUUCUGCAGCCCGUAGGGCUCCAGCAGCAGCAGCAGAAGCAGAAGCAGCAGCAGCAGCAAGGCAGCAUCAUCUCAGUGUGCAGGGGCAGCCUAGGAUCUGCUGUUAGCCCGCUGGCCUGGAGCAGCAGUAAAUUCAACAGGUCUUCUUCGCUAACGGUACAGGGAGCAGCAGAUAUAACAGGGGGAGUUCGGCUCUUAGAUUAUUCAAAUUCAUCUUUGUCUGCUUUCCCUCAGCUUUGCAUUACACCCCAGAAUGCGCAGGGGUAUAAAAGCACCAAUAGCGGAAGCGGCAGCCAUUUGUAUUUAAGCAAAGAAUUCAACAGUUGGCCACUGCAGCAGCAGCAGCCGCAGCAGCAGCCGCAGCAGCAGCAGCAGCAGCGAAGCCCUACCCCUCCACCCGUCUACCGCGCAGCCCCGCGAUAA